AGUGGCCCUUCUAGCCCGGCUUCUUGUUGGUGGGGCUACACCAAAACGAAAGCCGGCAGGGGAGCGUAUGGAGACGAAACCAUUGGCGUUCCGAAAUGUCCCUCUUCCUCGGGGAAGGGGCGGGAGUGCGGUUUUUAAAGAGACAGGCAGACAUUUUCCUUUCCGAACCUGAACAGAGUAGCUGAAGGUUGCGGAAACCGGGGGAAGCUGCGUGCAUUGGGCCGAAGCAGGAAGGCAACAAGCGGGGAGCGGGAGCCUCCGAGUCCGUCGUGAGGACGAGAAAGAGCGGGCGGAGCACGAGGGGCUCCUGCAGCGGGUGGGCGCUGCGGGGUCCGAGCUUUGCAUCGGCUCUUGGGGCUGGAGCGGGGCUUGCAAGGAGGCUCCGCCGCCGGAGCAACAGCUGGCCGCGAGAUGAAGCAAGAAAACAUCUUCCUCUUCGUCCCCAACCUCAUCGGUUACGCCCGCAUCAUCUUCGCUUUUGUUGCGUUCUAUUUUAUGCCAACCUCCCACAUAAUAGCAUCCUUCUUUUACCUCCUAAGUGGUUUCCUUGAUGCCUUCGAUGGCUAUGCGGCUCGGGCCCUGGACCAAGGCACCCGCUUUGGCGCCAUGCUGGACAUGCUGACGGACCGCUGCGCCACCAUGUGCCUGCUGGUGAACCUCGCUAUGCUCUACCCUGAAUCUGCCCUUUGGUUCCAACUCAGCAUGAGCCUUGACGUCGCCUCCCACUGGCUCCAUCUCCACAGCACCGUGGUAAAAGGUGGGGAGAGCCACAAGACCAUUGACUUGUCAGGGAAUCCAAUCCUGCGGGUGUAUUACAGCUCCCGGACUGUCCUCUUCAUCAUGUGCGCUGGGAAUGAGCUCUUCUACUGCAUGCUCUAUUUGCUGUGUUUUGGGGAAGGACCAGAAAUCCUGCCCGGACAGGCUGGUCUCUACCGCCUGGUCCUGUGGGUUUCUGCCCCCAUCGCCAUCACCAAGAGCCUCAUCAGCCUGGUCCACUUGAUCUGCGCCUCGUGCAACAUGGCUGCUCUGGACGUUGCGGAACGCGCGAAGAGGAAGUAGCGUCAAACGACCCCAGCGGAGGGGCAGAAGCACCACUCCCUUUCACGCUUGAAGUGGGACCAGCUUACCAUCCCUUGCCGUGACAGGGUUAGCCACUCCACAUGCACAGCUCUUGCUUGAUGCGAUGACCCCACCUUCCCACGAAUGUAUAGGAUGAUGGGAAUACGUCCUGCUCCUCCCGGCUCCCUCCUGCAUUCCCAUGAUGCUUUGCACUUAGGAGAAGAUUGGCUGGCAGGGAGGAAUAUUGACUUCGCCUGUGGGCUGAAAUGGAGGGAUUGGAUCGACCAUUUUGAGGGCAGCUAAAUAGACCUUCGUUUCCAGCUUUUUGGUUUCUGUGCUUCAAAACUUGCUGUAUAUUUGGGUGGGGCAGGACAAAAUUCAGCCACAAAAGAAGUACCUUUUUGUUUCCUAAAAGUCCAUGGGAGUAUUGCUCUUGAGUUAGGAGGCCAUAUCAUUCCCAAAAUUCCCAAGUAUAUCUAAGCCUGGGCAGCAAAUGGAUUGGCCAGUUGGUGACCAUUUGAUUUGGAUUAUACAUUUGAAAAUGACUAUCCUAGGUUCCUAGGAAAGAAGCCCCAUUGAGGCUUGAGUUCUGUGUGCAGUAUUAUCCAUUUUAAGAUUAUCUCUGGCCGUAAAUUUCUGCAUCUGCUUUAGCCAAUGUUCCAUGUUGCUUAGACAUGCUUGGCCGUAAACAGCCAUUUGGAUCCUGCUACCAGAUUUGCUUACCUUCUCACAAUGCUUUGCUUGUGGGAGCAUCUGCAUUCAUGUUUCUGCUGUUGUUGGCUGUUUUUGCUACAUGGAGCUUUAGGCUUCUAAAUACCCUGGAGGAGCACAGGGCAUAGAGGAGCCAUUUUGUAGCAUUGCUAUUGAACAUUACCUUGGCCCGCUGUUUCUUCACACAACUUUCCCCAUCUUCUUUGCACGCAAUUUCAGACUGACCAUAGUUGAGAUUGGCUGUUCUUUCCCCCUCAAUCAUGCAUGUGCAAUUUUGAAAGAGUGCAGUAGAAUUUGAAUGUUGGGUAAACAUUGGGCAGUUUAGCAGCCAUCUUGCCCAGUCUGGCUUCUCUGUCCUUUCUUCCUCUGAAGGCAGGGCAAUUAUUUGUGGAUUUCUCCCUCUGUUUCUGAGCUCUUGGUAGUUCCCUGAGAUAUUCUGGGUCCUGUCCUUGCACACCUGUCUUCCUCUCUUCCCUUUCCUCAAUCAUUUGUGCAUGAACAUAAGUUGCCAUAUCACACCACAGUUCUGUUUUCCUCCAUAUGAUUUUUUUGGUUAUUAUCAGUGAUGGCUAGGUUUACAGUGACAUGGUAGCCAUCCUAGCCACUCCUAAGACCAAGUAGGGCCUUUGGCCCUCCAGAUGUUGCUGAACUGCAACUCCCAUCAGCCUCAGCAAGCAUGACCUGGGAUUAUGGGAGUUGUAGUUCAGCAUCAUCUAGAGGGCUAAAGGUUCCCCACAUCCACUUUAAAGCUUCCUUCUCUCAGCUCCCCACAAAAGCCAGUUCUUCCUUUUGACAAGAGGAGAUAGAGGUGACUAAUGACGGGGACUGUGGAGAUGGGAUUUGGCGGCCAUCUUAGAAAAACCACCUUAAGGACCUGAAGUGACACUAAGGACUUGGCAGCUGUAUUGGAGCAAACCAACUUCAGGUAACCUGCCCCAUGUCUUCAUAUAUUGAGCCAAACUAGAUUAUUAUUUGCUAGAAACUUCCCUCAUCCAAAUGGUGCGGUGGGGGCAGAGGGACGCACAGGUGCUGAGGGUAAUUAUUGCUUCUGUGGAUUGUCGCGUGCUGUCUCCUGCCGGAUGGGGAGCAGUUGUUACCUUGCCAUGUCCUCUCCUCUCCUUCGCAGCGUCACUGCCACACCCUCACAACCCCCAGUGGUGUGUAAUUUGUAUGUAGGUUUUUAAAAAUUAAGACUUGGUGCAAUAAGACACCCCCUCUCUCAACGGAGUGGGAGUUGCUGUAAUAAAGACAACUGUGUAACCAUU